UGACGUGAGAAGCCCGAAUAAAUUAAAAAGUAAACAAAGCUUGAAAUUAAUAACAAGAAUUAGUUCCUAUAAACAAUAACAAUUAAACUAAUGUAAAAUUCAUUUCACUUUACCGGUGUAGUUUUUAGUGAAAUUUAUAAAAAUUAUGAAUGGUGAAAUUUACGAAAUGUUUGUAGAACAUGAAUUUCCUCUUAGUGCAUAUUGCUGUAAAAUUUAACACCGCUAGGAUCACAUUCGAAAUGAGAUGAAAUACAGCAUUAUAAAGCUGCAAAAUGCGUUGGAAGUUCGUGUUAUUCUUACCUUUAUGUUUCACCCUCAAUGUGCUUGGGGAUGAGGAUUUCUGUCCAAAAAAAUGUGAUUGCAAAAAAAACAACGCCCAGAAGGGUUUCUCCGACUUCUUGAAGUUGAAAUGCGGCGAUACAGAGAAAAUAAGUGAAUUUGACGAAAUUGACCUACUGAAUAUCGCCAAUGAAAUUAUCCAACUUAACUUAUCAGACAAUCUUCUGACGACUUUUUACCCCAAAGUGCAAUUGAUUGAACUACAGAAAUUAGACCUGAGUAGGAACCAUAUAAAAUAUCUCUUUAAAGAUCAGUUUGCAGAGUUACCCAAUUUACGAAGACUUGAUUUAUCCCACAAUCAAAUUGGUCAGAUCGAUAUCUACGCUUUCAAUAAUUUGAAAAAACUUGAGAGAUUGAGAUUGUACCAGAAUCAGUUAAGUUUUAUACUGUUUGGUACAUUCGAUCCCUUGGUUAAUUUGAAGCAGCUUGAAAUCUCAAAUAAUCCCUUGAUUUGCGACUGUAAGAUACUGUGGAUUCUCCAGUGGAGCCAAAAAACAUCAGUGAAGUUAGUUUCAAACCCCAAGUGUGCCUCACCGAUUCACCUAAAAGGGUUUCCCUUGAGGAAACUGAAAUUAUCUCUGUUAACUCUUGACUGCUCUUCUGUUAGAUCGUACGGAAGAGCUUCUGUGGUUGUUUUAAAACCAUCAGAUAAACAAAUAGUUUUCGAGGGAGAUUCAUUGACAUUACAAUGCAAAGCACCAGUCAUAAUAGAUAGUGAAGAGUCGUCAAUUUUGUCCAGAAUCGAAUGGACAUUUUCAAAUGAAGAAAUUCCAUUUCCAGAUAUUCAAAUAAAAAACGAACUGUUGAGCAGUACAGAACUGAUGGAGAGCAGUUUGACGAUACCUAAACUGUUCGAGAAUCAUACGGGUGAUUAUACUUGUAUAUACACAACUUUACAUCAGAACUACUCGAAAAGUAUCGAAGUUUUUGUAAUAUCUGAUGAAACAGAGUUCUGUCCCCUUUCGUAUUCGACUAAUAACAAGGGUACAUACACAUGGCCGAGAAGUAUUGUGAAUAAUACUGUCAGUAUUACUUGCGAAUCCUUAAACUUGAGUCUGAAUGUCUCCGAGCAGAAGGCUAAUUAUUUCUGUUCGCCAAACGGCACAUGGGAGAAUUUGGACACAUCGGCUUGUCAGUAUGUUUCCGAGCCAACGAAGAUCCUACAGCAGUUUUCGAGGAUCAACACCAGCAUAUUGGAGAGUUCGGAGCUUUUCAGGAAUUACACUUCAAAUUUGAGGAUGUUCAGGGACGUGGUAGACUUGAGGUUUGCCGUUGAUACGAUCGUUAACUAUCUGUAUUACAUGCCGAUAGAACAGGUCGGUGUGCUACUUGCGGAUGUGGUCGACAAUUUAUUGGAUUUGCCCAAACGGUAUGUAAUCGAGACGGACAGGGAAGAAAGGAUUUGUGGAAAAUUGUUGAAUGCCACGGAACAAUUGGCCAGCAUCACUCCAUCACCGCAGCUUCAUAAGACGAAUCUUGCCUUGGAAGAAUUCUCAGUCGACAAAGAUGGUUUCAUCGGACUGAAAUGUACAUGGUACGUCAAUCUCGAUCUGAAAUCCGACCGUUUGUUCUAUUGCGAAAACAGCGAAGCUGACGCGGUCACCAUGAAGGGAAAAAUGAUCGAAGCUUCGAUAACAAUCCCAAAAACCCUGUUUCACGAGAUAGACCAGAAUCUAACCUCGAAGAUUCACAAGAUUUUGGUUGCGAUGCACACCGACAACAAACUGUUCCCCAUGGACGAGGAGAGGAUGCUGAAGGAGGAUGUGACGUCUGCCGUGGUCGGGACCAAACUCGUUAACGUCACGGUUACCAACUUGACGUACCCGGUGUCUAUAAGACUGAGGACUCCCCCGUCCGUCGCCUACGAAAUAGUUCCGUUUACGCCGGUUUGGUGGGAUCCGUCACUGAACAACGGGUCGGGAAGCUGGUCGACGGAAGGAUGCGAGUUCAACUACGCCCUCCAGGACCACCUCGUGUUUUCCUGCGAGAAUUUCGGGUACUACGGUCUCCUCCAGGACAUCUCGCAGAUCGGGUACACGGAGACGUCGUCCAAGUUCAGAUUCUCCCACCCGGGUAUCUACGUAGGUAGCACCGUCAUCUUCGUGACGUUCUUCGUGGCCACCAUGACGUAUCUGCUUUGUUACGACGCCAUUCAGAUGCCGAAGAAGGCGAAACACUGCCUGAUCAACGUGUGGAUGGCCAUUUUUUUCCUCUGUUUCAUGUACAUCUUCGGCAUUUACCAGACGGAGGAUUUGAGGUUAUGUCAGAUCAUCGGGAUAUUUUUGCAUUAUUUCACCUUGUGUUCUUUGUUGUGGAUUUGUGUGGCCAUAAACUGCAUGUAUAAGAGACUCAGCAAGAACACGACGAUAGAGCUACACGACGAUGAGUUACCGUCGGAUCAGCCGGUCCAAAAGCCGAUUUUAGGGUUGUAUUUGGUCGGUUGGGGGGUUGCCAUGAUAAUUUGCGGCAUAUCUGCUGCGAUCAAUAUAAACAACUACUCUUCCCCGAAUUAUUGCUUCCUGAAGAUCGGGCAGCCUUUGAGCGCCCUCUACAUACCCUUCAUAGUCCUAUCGCUCUUCCUCUUCGUGUUCAGCCUGUUGGUGCGCUGCGCCAUCUAUAACUUGGACGUUAACGGUCACCUGAGCGAGGGCACUCAGGCGACCGAAAACGUCGAUUUGGACCUGUUGGAGCCGAAUUUUCCGAACAACGCGGAAAACCGGAGCGUGCGCAGCGCCUCGACGAAGACCACCAGCGAGAUAGAGGACCAGGAGCACGCGCCCAUCGCCCAACUGAAAGCCUACAUAAUAUUCCUACUCAUGUACGUUUUUACCUGGUUGUGUUGCGCCUUCUCGACCGUCCAACCCUUCCAUUUCUCCAUCUACGAGGAGGACGUCUUCAGCUGGAUGUACGCCGUCUCAGCCACGCUGUUUUCGGCGUUCACCAUCUUCUUUUACUGCGUGGCGCGCAACGACGUCCGCACGCAAUGGGGCGCCUUCUGUCGGUGGACGAGAGGCAAGAAGACGUGUUUCAGGACUAGGAACGUGUCGGAUAACUCCAACAUCCCUCAGAUUCAGAUACAACCCCAUCAUCCCGCCCUACCGGCGGGGAAUGAGGUCACCAUAACCUCGAGGUCGAGCAGUAGGAGCUCCAACAACACCAAGAGCAACUCGCACAACAGCAACAUGUUCAAGGCGGCCGAUCUCAACAGUUCCUUCACCGACAGCCAAGGUACCAAGAUCAACAACGUCAAUCUGAUCUCGCUACACCGUCAACAGUACCGGAUACACGGUAUACCGAACAUCAUAGAGAACCCCACAAGCGCCGCCGACGUUUUUUACAAUCCCCACCAGAGCACGGUGGCCAGGAAGUUCUUCAAACGGCAGAAGAGGCACCUGAUGAAGCGUACCAACCUGACGGCCAGGCCGCAGGAUAGUAGCGACGCCGUGUCGGUUUUGUCCGAACCCAAGAGGUUACGCGACGAUUCCAGCAUAGAUCAGAAGAUGUUCGGGACCAAUUCGAAGGUGAACAACACCAACAUACACGUGGAAUACGUGAAGAAGUGCAAACAGAAGAACCCUAACAUAUUCUCGGACUCAGACAAUUUCGAAUCCUCCAAUCAAGUGUCCGUGGAGAACAUCGUCAAGAACGCUGAUAGAUUAAGGAAGAAGGAACUCUACAAGCAGAGGACCAAGAAGAAACUGAACCAACCCAGCGAUCCGCCUCCACCGGUUGAAAACAACAUGAGAUCAGUGUCGCAACAGUGCACCUUAGAAUACAGCUCGGAGAACAUAUCCGACUCCAUAUUGGACAAGACCAGUCCGGAUAAGAACGUCUUACCCAUCGACGACCCAUUCCUAAUGCCCGAUCCAGGGAGAAAGAGAGGCCUCAGCCAGUCGACGGAAGACGACCCUACGUAUUGCCAAAUAAACGAUGUACGCGCUAAAAUCGACGAUGCGAAACAAUGCGCGAGUUUUAGCCUCGGAAAGUACGACACAAGCGACUUGAGCUCCGAUGUUCUAGAGGGCGCCACUGGCGGUAAACCCAAGAUGUUUCUAGAGCCUGCGCGCGAGAAUCUACUGAGGAGGGGGGGUCAGAUGAGUCGGGCGAGCAGCGUGUCCGCCAGCGAUCUGGACGAGCUCUACCAACAGAUUCGACGCGGGCCCAAAGUCAAGUAUUCUACCGCGCAGGGUCAGGUGAAGUUGUGCCGAUCGAACAAGAGUCCUUGUUUCUCCGAUUCCGAGAUAUCUUCCUAUGUUAAAUACGUGAAUUACAAGUAUAAGAAGGCUCCAAGCACCGACAACUUGAGCGACAAUGUUGAAACGACUGUUUAGCGACGGGAUUCAGUGUUUAUCCACCAGAUGGCGUUGUUUAAAACACUUUAAACCACUCAGGUUGCUUGAAAGAAGACUCAUAUACGUAAAAAAGUGCAUUAAGUUGUCCGCCUUCCUUUUGGUCUCAAUUUUUGAUCUACCGGUCGGAUAUUAUAUUUUUUUUAAGCUCAAGGCAGCGUUGUGCGUGAAACACAACUGAAUAUGCGUUUAAUUUAAGAUUUAUUUGUAGAUAGAGGAGUAUAAAGUGUGUAAGAGCUUGGGGGAAUCACUCUUGAGAUCUUGAUAAGUGUGGCAAUGUGUAUAAUGAAUUUAUGAAACCUGUGAUACUUUUAAUUUUUUAAGGUUAGUAUCAGACUUCUUUUCGCUUAUAUCUAUCAGAAUGAUUCUCAUUUUUUUUUUUUUAAUAUAUAAAUCUCGAAAUCGUGAAGCUUAUUGCUUGAAACUCGGUUAUUGCCUUGGAAUAAAUACUCAUUUAAGGCGGUUAUUCUGAACGUAGCUCAUAUCGGGACCGUCUGAUUGACAAAAAAAAAAGAUGUUUAUAAAAAUGUACAAUUAUUUAAAGACUGUUGAUAAGAAUAAGCUAUAUGAUUAUUACUGAAUCAGAAUGUAUGAAGAUAUUGUAAACCAGAGAUUGAAUAUAUCGAUGUGAAUGUGUGGAAA